CGGGACGCCAGUCCAGCCGCUAGCGACGCAGCCCCUGCGAGCCUCGCCCGCCGCCCCGUCUUCUGCAUGCGCCGUCUCUGCCACGGCAGACUACACGAGCGGGGUAGAAAAUGCUUUUUGAAGCAUGGAUACUUUUCCUACUUGCUAUGACACUUCCUGAUGCCAUCCUGGGAAUCACAACAUCUCAGCAGAGUUUUUCAGCAGUAACUGCUUCAUCAAAAGAUGGAAGAACAGCACGAAAACCAAGAGAGAAUUGUAGGUCAGCAAUUGAAUCAGCAAUGGAUUUGAUUAGCAAGCGGAACAUACAACAACCUAAUUUUAAUGGAAGCUUUCUAGAUCUUGCUGGUUAUGCUCUUCAUCAGCCACUCCGUUCAGCUCCAUAUGAUAUGUAUGUGACUGAAAUGCGCAUAAAAAUGCCAGCUCAAGCAGUUUGGUUUGAGGUUGAACAUUGCCACUGGGAGCCUCGUAAACAUACACUAGAAACUCGUCUAGGUUUUUUGGAGCUCAGUGUUACAGGUGCAGUGAAAUUAUAUGAAGGAGAUUUCAUAAAAAACACACCACAUCCAUUGCCAACUGAUGUCUGUAAUGUAACGAUGCGCAUGAAACGAGCUGGACUGCAGAUUGCUGCUCAGCCACGUGUAUUGUCCAGUAGCAACAGAGGUAUUGCAGAUAUAGCUAUGGACAGUCAGUUUUUGCAACCUGAAUUUGUGAGUGUAUAUGUUUACGGCUGUCAUCCUCCAGGCCGAGAGCAUCGUGAGGAGUCAGUUAUAGGAGAAAAGCAAAAUUCAGCAAAAAACCGUGCUACUGAAGAUACAACACAGGAAAUGGAACAAGUGUUUCUAAAAGGCAUUCAGUCACUUCUCAAGACUUAUCUUGGAAAGCAGCUUCAGCAGACUAUGAAGAACAUUGUUAUGAGAAAUAUGGGCUACACUGUUUCAUAUGGAAGGUAGUGAUGUAGGUUCACAGUUAUUAAAUGUUAUCAUACCUACAUAUUUUAACUAUAAAUACACCCAGUAUCAGUGAUUUACUUUUUUAAAUGUGUGCUAUGGGAAUGACUUGCAUACAUAAGCAGUUUGAUAAAUUUUCAGAUUUAAUUUUGAUUAUAUGUUUAGAUCACAGUGCAGAAUAAACAGCCUUUAACUGCAACCAUAGAACUGUUAGGUAAAAGACUCAAAAUAGUAAAUAGCACCAAAUUUUUGGGAGUUUGGAUCCAAGAUGACCUAAGAUGGCAGAAACACACACAACACCUAUAUAGUAAAUUAAAUACCAUUUGUUAUAGUAUAAAAAUUCUUGCUGGAUGCACAUCU